AUGGCCAGUUCACCAACACCUGCCCCCCAAAGUCGACCACGAAUAACGCCUUACCGCUGCAUUCUCCGUCUCCGUGACCGCCUCGAGCUGUUCCUCGAGCGCUACAUCGACGGCGACCGCACUGCGCAAACGGGGUUUGAGACUUACAAGACGGGUCGAAACAGGAGAUGGGCCGAGAAAGACGCGAAGAAGAGGAAGGAGAAGGGCCCCGCUGCUGCCGUUGCCAUAUCGAUCAUCAACAGUCCAGCGGACAAGACUCCAGCCGAGAAUCCGGUCUAUUCGGGAGUGGAAGCUGUUUCCCCUGUGGACCUCGUCGAUGAGGAAGUGGGUCUGAACAUCCCAAAGACUAGGGGCAAAUACGAGGGCAAGGAGAAGGCGAUUUACACAGAAGACGACGCCGACACAGGACAAGCUUCCCGAGCCACCGGAGGCUCGGCCGCAAGACCACAGACCAGCGCGCCACAGCUGCGCAACAUCUCGAGAUCGAGCGCCUUCUCGUCGUUCGUCGAAUCCACUCUCGGAGAACAGAGGCGGCGCAAGAGGAAGCGAUCCGAUGCAAGACCGGGAUACUUCGACCCCGACCCGUUCCCACAAGAGCCAAGCUGCGGCACGAACGCGACGGGCGCGGGAGUAGAGGACGAGGACCGGUUGGAGAUGAACGUCCCUGUCGAGGUGGCGAGGAGAUCGUGGACGGUUCCCAUUGGUACUGCAAGGUGA